UCGUUGUUUUUUCGUUUUGGUCCAAAAAAAUCGACUUCACCGUGCUUCUUGCGCAAAGGACAACGCUGACCGGAACCCAUCGGCCAAACCACCGGAACCCAGGCGAACGCUAACCGGAACCCCACCGUUUCAUUCACAAUCUGUAAGUAACCAUUUGUAGUCACUCUCAGUCAAUCAAUUGAACCCAGCUUGAUUUCCUUAGUUUGCUUGUUCACCAAUCUUCAAAAACAGUUUGAGAAAAAUGUCAAAACCCUCAACAAGAUCCAUCCUCAGACACCUCUACCAUCAAAUCCCACCAAAACCCUCACCACCCACUAACCCAACUACCUCUAGUGGCAUCUCUCAGCUUCUCUCUCAUCACCCAAAUCCCACUCCUCUGUCUCCAUGUCUCUCACCUCUUCAGAGAGCCUACUUCUCCUCACAAACACCAAGAAUUUUCCAAAACCCAGCAAAGCAAUUGAGCCCACAACCCAAUUUUCUGUACAGGUACUUCAGUUUCAAUGAAUUGGGUAGUAAAGUAAAUGGGAGUUUGGCUAAGAAAGUUGUUAAGAACCCUACAAUGGGAUUGAGUCAACAACCCAAUUUACCUUUAAAUAGGAGUUUUCUAGGGUUUAGGUACUUUAGCUUGAAGGGUUCUGAUUUGGGUAGGAAAAUGAAUGGGAAUAUGGCUAAGAAUGUGGUUAGAAACCCUGCAACGGCGGUGAGGGAUGUGUUUUCAGGGUACCGCAAAGCUGUUGGGUUGCAGAUCGAGGCGUUUUGGAAGAGGAAUUCUCUGGUGCUGGUGGGCGCCGUGGGAGUUAUGGUUUGCAUUUUGCUGUGGAGGGUUCUGUUUGGAAUCGCCAACACGUUUAUUGGGUUAUCUGAAGGCAUGGCCAAGUAUGGGUUUCUUGCUCUUUCCAGUGCUAUCGUCGCAUUUGCUGGUUUGUAUCUCCGCACAAGAUUCACAAUCAAUCCUGAUAAAGUUUAUAGAAUAGCCAUGAGGAGGCUUAAUACAGAUGCUGGGAUUCUUGAGGUUAUGGGCGCUCCGCUCUCAGGGACUGAUUUGAGGGCAUACGUGAUGUCAGGAGGAGGGGUUUCGCUGAAGAAUUUUAAGCUAGGUUUGAGGAACAAAAGAUGUUUUCUUAUUUUCCCAAUACGAGGUUCUGAGAGAAGAGGCCUAGUGAGCGUUGAAGUCAAGAACAAAAAGGGCCAGUAUGAUAUGAAGUUAUUGGCAGUGGACAUACCCAUGGCAACAGGGCCUGACCAGCGAAUAUUCCUCAUUGGGGAUGAUGAAGAAUACAGAGUAGGUGGUGGAUUGAUUAAUGAACUAAGAGAUCCAGUAGUGAAAGCAAUGGCAGCGACUAAGGAGUUUGAAGAUCGCGAUGAAAAGGAGGAUGAGGAAGAUGCUGAAAGAGAACUUCAAGAGGCAGAAAGAAAGCACCAAGAAGAAAUCGAAAGGCUCGAAAAAGGUAGUUCGUAAUUCUUCCCUCAGGUAGAGUUCCCGCCCGUUUGUGAUUUUUCUGGUUUUCUUUUCGCUGGAGUUGUUUUUGAAGGAAACUUGAAGCCCCUUCACCGUGCAAAGGAUAAAUGUAACAUCUGGAACUGAGUUGAGUUUUCGCAAGGUUUUCAUUUGCCUUGUUCGGCUUAAAGCUAGUUGGAGAAAAUAAAGUAUAACAUCGGAUUCGAGUUGUGCAGCAAAAUGGCAGCCAAUAUGUGACAAUGAAUGUUGUUGGUGUUAAUUUUACUUUCUUACUACAAAAUUAGGUUCUGCUUCAGAACUGCAAAGUCAGAAUUUGUGUUGGGUUUGUUUGCUGCAGCUUCUGCUUUUGAUUGUAAGCAGAAAUUACAUAACUAAUAGUACCUGCUUCUGAUAAUUCAACAGUUUCAUUUUGAUGCUUUUGAGUUUUA